CCUGGCCAUAUAAUGACCGUCCCAUGUUCGAACGUAGCAAGCCUGAGCCAGGUGUGGUGCGGAGGCACGCAGAGAGACAGGGUGUCUGCCCUUUUAUUCCGUGAGUUGGGCAGCCUGACAGGCUAUCGUUACUUGCAGAGGAACUCUGGCUAGUCCGCUGGAUAGUGAGACCAUAUGCAGCAGAAACAAACCACCCCAGCUAAGAUGAGACCACCAGAAGAACCACCCAACUGAGCACAGCUCAACUUGCCAGAAAAUAAAUGAAUAAAUAAAAGGGUGGUUGCUUUAAGCCAGACAAACAAACAAAAAACAUUGUAAAGUUAAGAUUCCUUAGAAUAGGCUUCUACAACACCUUGCGAUUCUCUGUCAUAUUCUCACACGCAAGUUUCUCACUCUGGAUAAUAAACUCUGAGUACAGGGUCUCUGUUGGCGUUAUUAGCUGUUUUAUCCCAGUACUCAGUGCACGGCCUGGCACACAGUGGGUGCUCUCAAUGGACAUGAAUGGGUGAAGGGACUAGAUCUAUGUGGGGGGGGUCUCACCAGACUGCAGAAGCUGCCCCCAGGAAUAUGUUCCACCGUGCACUUCAUUCUCAAGCCUUGUGGCCCAAGGUGGAAAGAAGGUGAAUUGUGAUGUAUGCGGAACAUGGGACCUUGGCGAAUUCCGUAACCAGGAGGAGGAAGAAGUAACAACAGCCAGUGGAGACAAAAAGAACUGCUGCCCCCUUCUCCCCGCUCCACGUUCCCAGUGGGGAGGUGAGCCCAGCAUCCCAGACUCACAUGACUAUAUAGGCAAGCAUUUGGAGACUAACUUUACUUUGUUACCCCAGCCCUCGGUGGCUCAAGGUUGGCUUUCUGAGCAGAUAAUAGGCUUCGAAGUAGCACAGUUCCCUGCUCUCAGCAAGCCCAACACCAUGGGGAAGGGAGACACCUCGGAGGUAGCACCACCUACCUCAGCCUACCGCUCCGUCAUGGAGGACUAUGGUUACGAGGUGGGCAAGGUCAUUGGCAAUGGCUCCUAUGGGACGGUGUAUGAGGCUUACUACACAAAGCAGAAGGUCAUGGUGGCUGUCAAGAUCAUCUCAAAGAAGAAGGCCUCUGAGGACUAUCUUAACAAGUUCCUGCCCCGUGAGAUACAGGUCAUGAAGGUCCUGCGGCACAAAUACCUCAUCAACUUCUACCAGGCCAUCGAAACCACAUCCCGAGUAUACAUCAUUCUGGAGCUGGCUCAGGGCGGUGAUGUCCUCGAGUGGAUCCAGCGAUAUGGGGCUUGCUCUGAGCCCCUUGCUGGCAAGUGGUUCUCCCAGAUGACCCUGGGCAUCGCCUACCUGCACAGCAAGGGCAUCGUGCACCGGGACUUAAAGUUGGAGAACCUGUUGCUGGACAAGCGGGAGAAUGUGAAGAUAUCGGACUUUGGCUUCGCCAAGAUGGUGCCUUCUAACCAGACAGUGCAUAGUAGCCCUUCUUACCGCCAAAUGAACUGCUUUACAAACCACCUCAGCCAGACCUACUGUGGCAGCUUUGCUUAUGCGUGCCCGGAGAUCUUGCUGGGCUUGCCCUACAACCCUUUCCUGUCUGACACCUGGAGCAUGGGCGUCAUCCUCUACACUCUAGUGGUCGCCCGGCUGCCCUUUGAUGACACCAAUCUCAAGAAGCUGCUGAAAGAGACUCAAAAGGAGGUCACUUUUCCACCUAACUACUCCAUCUCCCAGGAGUGCAAGAACCUGGUCCUCCAGACGCUACGCCAAGCCACCAAGCGUGCCACCAUCCUGGACAUCAUCAAGGAUCCUUGGGUGCUCAAGUUCCAGCCUGAGCAACCCACCCAGGAGAUCAGGCUGCUUGAGGCCAUGUGCCAACCCCCCAGCACCACUAAUCGGCACCAAUCCUUGGAAAUCAAUACCUAAAAAUGGUUGAAGGAAGGGGUUGGGAGAGGAGCAAAGCAGGAGGGUCUGGGGCUAAAAAUCCUCUAUACCAAAAAUAAAUCUAUUUCUGAUUUAGUUUCAUCAGCUGGGGUCAAAGACAUUCUUUCUUCAGGGGAACCUUAGCAGGGAACCCUACUGAGACCAAGAGGUGGAUUUCUAACCAGAGUCUGUAACCAGUCACCUUGAUGUCUGUAAGUCAAUAGGGUAAUUCACAAUGUAGCUCAUAUGUGGCUCAUGGAGGAGAGGGUGCUGGCAUAAACACACACUUUGGGGAAGCUUCAUUAUUCUGGCUAAGUAAAUGCUCAUUAUUUUACAUCUCUGUGCACUCUAAAUGUUCAAGCAGUGGGAAAGGGGCCCCAGUUGCUAUUUGGUUAUGGCUCUGCCUCUGUUUACAGUCCGAAGGGAUGGCAUUAUUUGUUCUCUUUGAAAUGGGCAUCAGGAUGUGUGAAAUAUCUUGGUUCCUUCUCCCUUCUCCAGAUGCCACCUUAACCACUAUUGGAACAAUCCCAGUGAAUCAUGGUCCCUCAUCGAUUGCUCUUAGAAAUGGCAAGGGCGCCUGGGUGGCGCAGUUGGUUGAGCGUCUCGCUCUUGGUUUCAGCUUGGGUCAUGAUCUCGGGGUUGUGGGACUGAGCCCCGAAUCAGGCUCUGCGCUCAACAGGGAGUCAGCUUGGGGUUCUCUCUCCUCUCUCUGCCCUUCCUGCUUCCACGCUCUCUCAAAAUAAGUAAACAAAUCUUAAAAAAAAAAAGAAAAGAAAAAAACCUAAAUGACAGUUCAAACAAGCCUAUUUACUGUGGGUUCUGAAUAAAGGAAAGCUACUUGCUCCUUCAUCCCUAUAUUCUCCCUCCCUGUCCUUGAAAAUGGGCUUUGAAAAAGGAAAAUGAGUAGUAAAUCAUGGGGCUGUCUUGGCAGAGGCAUGAUUGGGGGAAAGCAAUGAGAGAAGACUCAGAGACAGCUCCAUAUGGGUCGAAGAUAAAUAAUACUUGUGCUGAACCUCAGCACUAGGCAACUCUAGGACAAACCAACUUGAAAGAUGAAAUAGUACCUACCUAGAACAUAG